CGGGGCGGCUGAACUAAUAAGACCCCCUUUGCCCUCACAAUUACAACUAUUUCAACCAUGUAAGGCGAUUUUAGCAAGAGAAUGGCCUGCAAACCGUGGAUAAGGGUUCGAUUUGUAAAAUCGCGAAAAGAAGGAUGUUUUUGUGGUAAAGUGCGCAGACGCGGUUCCAUUUUCCUAUCGCCAUUACCGACCUUCCCUAGCUUUAAAACCCUAGAGCAGCAGCCAAUUUUUUUCAGCUCGCGGGUGUUGCUCGUCGCCGAUCCUGGUCGAAACGCUAGUUCCAGUACUAAUAGGCUUGAGUGCAUGGCGCAGAGGGAGGAGGAGACGGAGAUCCGGGUGACGGAGACGCUUACCCUUUGUGUUAACAACUGCGGGUUCUACGGCAACCCGGCGACCAAGAACAUGUGCCAAAGCUGCUUCCAGGCUGCUCAUGCCAGACCGCCAUCUCCUCUGCGCCCGACAAGCUCGGCGAUAGCUAGAUCCGGAGAGAUCCGGUCGGCUGGACCAGCGGAGAAGGGGAUUGACGCGGCUGUGGGAGAACAAGCGGAAACCAAGGUCACGGCAGCUCAGGCGAGGGUGUCAAACAGGUGUUCGGGGUGCCGGCGAAAGGUGGGGCUGACGGGUUUCCGCUGCCGUUGCGGGGAGCUGUUCUGCGGAGAGCACAGGUACUCCGACCGUCAUGAUUGCAGCUUUGACUACAAGGCUGCCGGCCGAGAGGCCAUCAGCCGGGAGAAUCCAGUUGUCAGAGCAUCCAAGAUCGUCAAGAUUUGAUCUCCCAAUAAAGAUUAAAGAGGUUUCUGCUGAUGCAUGCUUGUUCUCUCUGAGGGAGGGAGAUAGAGACGAACUAAAGAACUAUUGUUAUACGAUCAAAUCAGUGAGAGAUGGAUGGACUUCUUUUUUAUUGCCUUCUAAAUAGAAUUUAAUUUAUUGGAAAAGAUGAGAGAUGAAAGUCCUCGUAGUUGUGAAUGUUCUAGUCAUUGUAUUCUCUGAUACAAAAUGGUGAAUUAUGCGCUUUUAUGUA